AGAGUGGAGUGUAUUGACGAACGGCAGUCACUCCGGCUUCUGGUCAACUACGUUAGACGGUUUCUGGAACAUUUCUCUUCCUCUCACGAAGACAGAACUCACCAAAAAAGACCAUGAAUAGUUUAAUCAGAUCCGCUGCUCGGUGUCUGCGGUCGGGGCCGUCCGUGUACGUGCCGGGACGAGCCGACGGACGCGUGUGGUCGGCCCCGGCCCGGUUCCUGUGCUCGGCGGCGGACCUCCAGAAGGACCUUGGUGAGAUGGUGAAGAAGGACAAGGUGGUGGUGUUCAUGAAGGGGACGCCGGCUCAGCCCAUGUGCGGCUUCAGCAACGCCGUAGUUCAGAUCCUCCGGAUGCACGGAGUGGACGACUACGCUGCGUACAACGUGCUGGAGGACCAGGACCUGAGACAAGGAGUCAAAGACUUCUCCAACUGGCCGACCAUCCCUCAGGUCUACUUCAACGGGGAGUUCGUGGGCGGCUGCGACAUCCUGCUGCAGAUGCACCAGAACGGAGAUCUGGUGGAGGAGCUGAAGAAGCUGGGCAUCCAGUCUGCGCUGCUGGACGCCGAGAAGGAGUCCAAGUAGACGUCCAACAGCUGACAGAGGACACAUCGAUCAGGUGGAACCCCCACCCGGCACUCAGAUCCACUCAUCAGGCUGGUCAACACGACACUGAUAGGUGGACGUUUGCACAGAUUAGGCAUCUGGCAGCUGAGGACUUUAAUCUAGGACGGAAAAAAAGAGUGGACAGUGUCUUUACAGGGUAUUUUCUCUUUAGAGCACUUUUUAAAGUUAUUUUUUUCAAUUUGGGGGCAGCAGAAACAAGCCGUAAACACAAAAAGACCAGGUAGAGCAGUUUUAUUCCAGCUUUUUAGUGAAAAUGGAGGUAUGAGAGCACUGAGUGAACCAAAACAAUGAAGCUGUGGGCCAGAAAACCAAAAGAAAGACGUGAAAGACGUGAUAAAAUCUCACAGAGCUGUUUCAUUUUCUCUGAGUUUGUCAUUUAACAUUUAACAUAAAAACUGAUGCAUUGUUACUACAGAAAUAUGGAUCACUGCAGCUUUAAUAUUUGUUAUUUAUACUUUAAAGCAUGGGUGUCAAACUCAUUUUAGUCCAGGCUCCACAUUCAGCCCAAUUAAUGUCAAGUAGACCAGACCAGUAAAACCACAGCAUAAUAACCUCUAAAUAACCACAACUCCUAAUGUUUCCUUUGUUUUACCGCAAAAAAGUCUGUUCUGACAAUGUUCAUAUUUAAGGAUGAUGAUCAAAACAACAAAAGACAAAAACCAACAAAAACAAGACAAAAUAUUUCAAAAAUGAGACACAAAAUGACAAAAAUGAGACACAAAACAACAAAAAAUUAGACAAAUGACAUGAAACAAAACAAAAAAGAGACAAAAAAUAUGACAAAAAAGUUAGAAAGCGAGAUAAAAAAUGGACAAACGACGAAAACGAGACAAAAAAUUACACAAAUGAGACAAAACAUGACAAAAGCAAGAUACAAAACGACAAAAAAGUAGACUAACAACACAAGCGAGACAAAAAAAGGCACCAAACGACAAAAAUGAUACACAAAACAAUGAAUAAAACAAAACACAAAAUGACAAAAACGAGACAAAAAAUACAAGCGAGACAAAAAGGAAACACAAAAUGACAAAAACAUGACACAAAUGACAAAAGUCAGACAAAAAAAAGGACAAAAUAUUACAAAAAUGAGACUCAAACGACAAAAGAACGAUCUAGUAUUUCACUUUCUGAUGCAGGUCUCAAAAUAAUUUCACAUUUAUGAUUUUACAUAUUUACAAUCUGCAGCUGACAUCUUCUGACACUUUACAAAGUCGGCCUCCUGUUUGACUCCCCUGCUCUAAAUCCUGUAUUUGAACACUUUUUGUUGCGUCUUGAAUUACCAAACUCAAACUUUUAUUUAAAAAUGCGUCUAUUUCUGAACAGCUUUUAGUCUUUAAACUGUACCUGCUCCAUCACAGAAUCCUGUCAGGUUCCAUCUUUCCUUCUAGACGUUCUGCUACCUCCACUGUCCACCUCUUUUUCCUGGAGUUGCUCUCUGCUUCAGACCAAAGAGCCUCAGACCGACUCUGAGAUCAGAUCCUCUCAGGGCCGCCGGGUCCCUCCUGAAAAUGCUGUUGUCACUCCAAAGCUUCCAGAUCACUGCCUGUAGCUCCACAGAGGAGAACAGAGAGCGGACGAGAAAAAUAAUAAAAGUUUCAUAAUAAUAAAACAUGUUUUAAUGGAAUUUAUGUCCCAAAAAAUAAAUGUCUGAAACGCAACAAACACCUGAAUACCUUUAACUAUGUUUCCUGAAGAUGACUGAUUUCAGCACAUCUGGAAGCAGCUGGAUGUAAUGGAAAAGUUUUUUUUUUUGUUCCGCCUGCUGUCGUAUUAUCAAAGAAUCAUCACAUAGUACACUGUAACAUAUUGUACAUUGAAAGCUUAUUAUUAAAUGUAUUUUAGAAGCAUGUGAACCCUGAACCCAUUAAAUAUUUUGUGACACAAAUGACAA